AUGGAAUCGAAAAAUUGUCACCUUGUGGUUCUUUGCCAUGGCCUGUGGGGUGUUUCUGACCAUUUCGCUUAUAUUGAAGCACAGCUGAGAACCUACUCCUCCCUCAACCCUUCUGACGAGCAACUCGUGGUGUACACCACCAAGACUAACGAGAGAUUUAGAACCUACGACGGGAUUGACUUAUGCGGCACCCGUGUCGCUGAGGAGAUCCUUGCAGAGUCGUUGCGGUUGCAGGAACAGGGACUCGCUGUUCGUAGAUUUUCUGUUGUUGGCUAUUCCUUGGGAGGCCUGAUUGCGCGGUAUGCAAUAGGGGUCUUGUACUAUCGCGGUUUUUUCCAAGACAUCGAGCCUGUUAAUUUCACCACCUUUUGUUCGCCGCACGUUGGUGUGCUGACUCCUGGCAGCGGUGUCAGUAUUCGGAUCUUCAAUUGGUUGGUCCCCAUUUUGCUGGGUAAGAGCGGCCACCAGCUGUUUUUGAAGGACUCUUCGGUUCCUUUAUUAAAACUCAUGUCUUUGCCUAAUACGGUGUUCUUCCGUGGACUCGCCCAGUUCAAGAACAUUUCGCUUUACUCCAACAUUCGUUCGGAUAUCAGGACCUCGUGGUGGUGCUCGGGGAUCAGCUAUGUCAAUCCGUUUGACAUUCUGGACAAAAACCCAAACGUUAAAAUCGAUAAGGAUGGAUACAUCCAUUUCGAAAACGGGUCCAAGUUUAGUCUCAAGUUUGUGCCUAAUUACGAGCCCGUCAUCCUGGACGUGGACCAGCCAAUCACCUUCACUGGACUCGUGGACGGCUCGUCCAAGUCCAAUUUGAACCAGAUGGUCCAGGAAGACCUGCCUGACGAUAACGACGCUGACGGUAAUGCAGCCGGGUGCUCCAAAACAGCCAACUUCUUCCAGCGUAAGUUCAAGUGGGCCAUCAUGCUGUUCAAGUUUGGUGUCUACCUGCCAAUGUGGGUCACAUGGUUUGUGCUACACAAUUGGUUGCAAGUGAUCAACUCGACGGUCCGGGUUGUGAAGGAAUCGUCCAAGCUGCACAGUUUGUUGGAGCUGUGUGACGAGCCCGAGCCCGUUUCACGGCCACCUCUUACUAAACGGCUCAGCGAGGCCAGUCUUGACCUAAACCGGUUCGAGUCCGGACUGCACGACCACGGAGACGAGUUCAUCGACUCUGUUUUCGACGCAAUCACUUCCACCAAGGACAUCAACCGAAGUAUCUUUGACAACCGCGAGAACGGUCCGCUAUCUUUGACCACCACCAUCAAGAAGCUCGGCGAGUUCGACCUCGCUACAGAAACCUCAAAGACCCAGGAUGCAGACCGGUAUCGCCAGAUCCUGGCUCCGUUCAAGCUGGAUCUCUCGCCAGAGCAGAAGGACAUCAUCAAGCAUCUCAACACUCUUCCGUGGCAUAAGUACCCUUUGUACAUUACCAAGACGAACGCCACGCACGCGGCCGCCAUCGUUCGCCACGAAGAUCCGGCUUUCGAGGAGGGCAAGGUCGUGGUGCAGCAUUUUGUCCAGCACGUCUUUGAGCACUGA